UUCAGAUGCUCCUCCUGUCAGAUCCUCUCCUUCUCUGGACUGCUGCCUCUCUGUAAACUACAGGAACCAUGUUGCUCCACGGACUUCUGGCUCUGCUGGGACUCCUUAUGUUCUGCAAAGGUCAGACAGAGAGCGGGACAGAGGAGGCCUGCGACAACUUUACAGACCUGGACCUUUCCCACUGCUUCAUGGGAACCAGUCUUUACGUCCGCCUGCUGCUCUACACCCGCUCUAACCUGGACUGUGGCAGAGAGCUCAACCACCACCACCUGUCCUCCCAGCCGCUGCUGGACCUCCGCCGUCCCACCGCCUUCGUCAUCCAUGGCUACAGGCCCACCGGAGCGCCCCCUAUCUGGAUCAACCACAUAGUGCACCUGCUGGCCGAGCAGGAGGACAUGAACAUCAUCGUGGUGGACUGGAACAGAGGGGCAGCCAACCUCAACUACUUCACUGCUGUGACUUACACCAGAGAGGCCGCUCUGAACCUGACGGGCUUCAUCAAGACUAUGCAGGAGGAAGGAGCCUCCCUGAGCUCCAUCCAUCUCAUCGGAGUCAGCCUGGGAGCUCACCUGGCUGGAUUCGUUGGAGCGAACCUGAAGAGGACAAUUGGUCGCAUCACAGGGCUGGACCCAGCUGGGCCGAUGUUCACCAGCGCCACACCAGAGGGGAGGCUGGACCCCUCUGACGCCAUGUUUGUGGACGUUCUGCACACCGACAUGAACUCUUUCGGACUCCGAGGAGCUCAUGGUCACAUUGAUUUCUACGCCAACGGUGGAACUGACCAACCAGGAUGCCCCAAAACCAUCUUCUCAGGUAAAUCUUACUUUGUGUGCGACCACCAGCGCUCUGUGUUUCUGUACCUGUGCUCCCUGAACCGAACCUGCCACCUCACCGGGUACCCCUGCUCCUCAUACAGCCGCUUCCUGGACGGACAGUGCCUGCAGUGUGAGGCCUUCAAACCUGCCUCCUGUCCUGUGCUCGGCUACAACCUUAGCCAGUGGAGAGAUGCUCUAGUGCAGCUAGGACAGACCAAAGUCUUCUUCAGCACCACCGCCUCCCUGCCCUACCAGAAGCUGAGCUACAGAGUGGACAUGGUGACUUGGAACCAGUACCUGAGAUGGGGGGUCGUCUACAUCCGUCUGCACAGUGGCAGGAACUUCACAGAGGCCCGGAUAGACCAUAAGCUGCUGCGGUUCGAACAGUACACCUCCACUCGACUGCUGGCCCAGUUCGAUGAGGACCUGCAGCCCAUCCAGAAGAUCUCCAUGAGGAUCAACACCGGGAACAUCAUCGGCCCUCGUUACAAGAUCAGGCUGCUGAGGAUUCGCUUCACGCCGCUGGAGCGUCCUGACAGGCCAGCGAUGUGCCGCUUUGACAUCAUCAUGGAGGAGAACAUGGAGGUGGCGUUCAGACCUCUGCCCUGUGAGUCACGCCUCUGACGGUGAGACCCGGCGGACCUCUUCUUCUCUGGACCACAUCCGAGUCCCAGCUCCAUUUGGGUUACAGGAUCUCCAGCUGCCAUCGACCUCCAGGCGAACCGGUGGACUCGUCACUGACUGGUGACCUGCUGCUGCUGUGGAUUCAUGGUGAUCAGAACCAGGAACUAAAAGCCCAUGUAGGGAACACAAAGGGAACGGAUUAGAGUUUCAGCUCACACAGAGAGUAUGAAUUUACCUCUUUAGAGCAACAAAUAUCAGAAACCUUUCAUCUGCUUCAUAUUCCAGCCCUGUUCUCAUCAAGGGUGACUCAUUUGAUAAAGGGGACCAACAGGAAUCUAUUAGAGACAUGAAUGUUUAAGAAAAUGUAAUAGUUAUAUUGAUGCAAGUGAUUUAACAAAAAGGCCUAAUUUGUUUAAGAAGACAGUCUAGUUAUCAUCCUUUAAACUGGUCGUGAUGGAUUCCUCUGCUGACCUAAAGGUUCAUCAGAUUCCUUCUUUGUUCACCGGUUGCUUUUUUUCAACUCCUAUGAAUCAUUCAGAUGUAAAAAGAAGUCUAAACUCUAGGAUUGAAGCUGUUUUAUAUCAAGAAAAGCAUCAAAACUGCUAAAUACCAGCAGCUUGUCCCAAAGAUAAAAACAGCUAUGGCAAACUUUUAAAAUUUUAUUUUUAAAAAGAUUUUCAGUGAUUAUAUAUGCACAUUAUGGCUGCUUAGUGGAGCAGUGGGUAGCAAUGCUGCCUUGCAGCAAGAAGGUUCUUUCUGCAUGCAGUUUGCAUGUUCUCCCUGAGCAUGUGUGGGUUCUCUCCGGGUACUCCAGCUUCCUCUCACACGACUGUUAGGUUAAUUAGUUUCUCUAAAUUCUCCUGUGUGUGUGUGUGUUCUUGUUUUUCCAACUGCGUGAGGACUUUGGCCUGACUCUAUACAUACACGUGGGGACCUAUGUACCCGUGGGAACCAAAUUUGUGAGUGUGUGUGUGAAUGGUUGUUUUUCCUGUUUGUCUCUGUGUUGCCCUGUGAUGGACUGGUGACCUGUCCAGGGUGUACCCUGCAUCUUGCCUGUAGACACCAGCACCCCUUGCGACCCCGUUUGGGAUAAGCGUGACGGAUAAUGGAUGGAUGGAAAUCUAAAUGCUACAGUUUUUAGCUUGAUCCAGCCUUAUUAGUGUUGACUUGUUGGAAAAUUUUAAAUAAAUCUGUAUGAUCAGAUGACUCAUCAUUCAACGCUCUUCAGUGCAGGAUGUAACUGCAGAAAGGCAACUGGAAGAUAGUUAUCUUCUGUAUCAGUGAUGUUUAUAAAAAUCAAGUUAAAGAAUACUGCAGAGUAUUAAAAAUAAAACAUGGCACAUGGUGCAUUUUUAUUCAUUCUCCAGUUAAAUAUAAUCUAAAUAGAAUCAAGAACUCCUAGUCUACUAAAUGUCUUCACUCUUAGCCUAUAAUAUCUGUAUUUUAAUGAUUAUAUUUUAAGUCAUGGCAGUUUUUAUUAUCUGAAAGUAACAUUCAGAUCAGUUUCAGGUAAGAAGUAAGAAAACUUUCUUUUUUCUGUGCCUUUUUUCAGCAGCAAUGACUAUUUUUAACCUGCAGCUCUCUUUCAAGUUAAGAGUUGAUAUAAAUCAAGGGAUCCAUCAGUGGAAGGUUGCAGCUGCAGGCUGAGAGCUGCUGGUCCAACAUUACAGCUGCAGUGAUGUUUGUUCCCACUGCCGUGUGCGUUCAUCACACUAAUUAGAUCUGAUCAGAAGAAAAGAUCAUUUUAAAGGUAAAUGUGUGAUUAUGGAUAAACAGAGCAGCAAAUUCCAGGUCAUAUCUGUAUCAUCUAUAUCUGAAAAUUGUUUUAUUGUGUAUUACUCUCACACUGUGAAAUAAAGUCAGUGUUUUAAUCUCAAUCUGAAACAUUUUCAGUUUGUCUUUGGUGUAAAAUGAUAU